AUCCCCACCCCCACCGUCACGCCUGCCUGCCUCCCAGCUGCGUCCGCCGCUGUCCUGUCUGGCCGCCCGGUGUCUGCUCCGCGCUCUGCCCCGCUCCCCACCCCGGACCCGAAGCCUCUUGCCUGCUCGUUCACCGCCCCUUCUCCCGGACCCCCCUCCACCCGGUGAAUGCACCAGCGCCGUAGACAUGACGGGCAUCGCCGCCGCUUCUUUCUUCUCUAAUUCCUGCAGGUUCGGGGGCUGCGGGCUCCAGUUCGAGUCUCUCGCCGAGCUCAUCGUCCACAUCGAGGACAAUCACAUCGAUACAGAUCCGCGGGUUUUGGAGAAGCAGGAGCAACAGCAGCCCACUUAUCUGGCCUUAAGCUACAUCAACAGGUUUAUGACGGAUGCAGCCCGUCGGGAGCAGGAGACCAUGAAGAAGAAGGCCACACCCAAGCUGUCCCUGUCCAUCACGGGCGGAGUGUCCAGGAACAGCACGGCCACACCUCCCCGCCACACCAGCGGUAACCUGACGCCUCCCGUCACGCCCCCCAUCACCCCCUCCUCCUCAUUCCGCAGCAGCACACCUACAGGCAGUGAGUAUGAUGAGGAGGAGGUAGACUACGAGGAGUCGGACAGCGAUGAGUCGUGGACCACAGAAAGCGCCAUCAGCUCUGAGUCCAUCCUCAGCUCCAUGUGCAUGAAUGGGGGAGAGGAGAAGCCGUUCGCCUGCCCCGUCCCCGGUUGUAAGAAGAGAUACAAGAAUGUGAAUGGUAUCAAAUACCACGCCAAGAACGGCCACCGCACACAGAUUCGUGUGAGGAAACCCUUCAAAUGUCGCUGUGGCAAGAGCUACAAGACCUCGCAGGGCCUGAGACACCACACCAUCAACUUCCACCCACCCGUCUCCACCGAGAUCCUGCGCAAGAUCCAAGGCUAGAGCCUGCGGUCACUCCAAUCAACUACCCCAAACAUUGCCCUAUCCUGACUUUUACCUUACCCAUCCCACACACUAAAGGAUCAAGUGCAUGCUUUAAGUUGUUUUCAUAUUUCGUUUUUGGUCAUCUUUUUAUUUGUGUUACAUUAUUUUUUUUCUAUCCAUGUUAUAUCACUUGUAUUUUUGGAAAAAAAGGUAUCUUUGUAGUAUUUUUAUUGAUGUACAUUUGCACAUUCGUACAUGCUAUCACGUUAUUUUUUUCUAUUGUUUGACUUACAUAAGGUGCUAACUGUAAAAAACAACAGAAAGAAAAGACAAAAAAACAAACGAAAGAAGAGGGGCGAAACGUAAAAUAAGGAGAUGUGGAGCAAGAAGUGCAACCAAACCCUGCCUUUUUUCCUGCUCAUCUGCGGGUAGGAUGAAGUUGACUUUUAGUGCCGAUAUAAGCUCAGUAGUUGUUACACUCCGUCUCCAAUCGCUGCAGAGUCCAGCUGAGCUUAGAUCUGUGCCUUCACGGUCACUUCUGGGGGUGUAAGGGCGAGAGUUAAGUUAUACUUUAAAUAGAUAUAUUGAUAUAUAAACAAUAGACAGAUAUGUAUGUGUACAUAAAAAUAUAUAAAAGUAUUCAUGAGCAUAUACAUAAAUAGUUACACUUUAUUUUCAAGCUUUAUUUUAUAUAUUUUUUGUCAGUGUUUUAGACUUCAGUGUUUUUUUUUCUGUGUGUCAGUAAGUGUUCCUUUCAUUCCUUAUUUGCUGAGACGGCCAGUUUUGUCACCUCAGAGGUCCAGGCCAAGCAGCUGGCUGACUUUAGGUUCAGAGAGUGGAGUUUUCUCUCACACAUCCUAGAGAUUAGGAGCUAACACUCCUUUCGGUUUGACACACGUAUUUUACUGUUGAUCGGGAAGAAAACGUAUGAGAACACGGUCCAGACCAAUAGUCCAUAUCUUAAAACGCUUCAUCCCCACAGAAAGCCAUCCACAUCUGUAGUGUUUCCUCAUUCAGAGUGCCAGAGCUGCAUUCCACAGACUUAGCCAGCGAAAGCAGGUCAAGCAUCAUACUGUAUUCCAGUUGCCAACAUCUUUGUUGCUGUUUUGUUUUUUGUUUUCCCAUGAUCGUUGCCAACAGCUCUCCACUGCCAAACAUUGACCAUACCAUGUGCCUGACGAGGGGGGAGGGAGGGGGAGGGGGGUGUGGAAGCUGUGGGGAAGAGAGGUUCAGUCUGGAGGUUGCCGAACGUGUGGCAAUGAUUUUUUGUCCUGCCUCCAAAAUGUUGGGAUGAGUGGAUGUACAUCAGCAGAAUGUUUUCACGUAUACUUUCUGUGCUGUAAGGAGAAAAAUAAUGUGUGACAGUGUAUUUGAAAGAGAUUACCAUCUACAACGUGUCGUUUUUGUGUGUUGUAGACAACAGCAUUCCAGUCGAUUGUGUGCAGGUGUGAGUGAUGUGAGUGUGUGUUUUCAGCAUUAUCCAAGUCAUCAGCCUAGAGAGUAUUACUGUAUUCUGUGUGUUUCAGUGCUCGGAUGUGUUGCGUUUCUGUGCCAGGCUGCUGGUUCAACUACUGUAGAGCAGGAUGGUUGGCUGGCUGGCUGACGCCGUUGCGUCACGUAGUGUUGCAGCCGUCAACUUGUUGCCCCUGACUGGGAUUUCAUUAUUCAUCGCAAGAGGUGAGCGGUGUAGCGCCGCUACUCGCCAAGACACAUUUGUUCAUUACGUCAUUUCCCUCAUCUUGCGCAAAGUUUAUUCAGGCUCAGAGCAUGAGCUUUUUCUGUUUUGUUCACUUGAUGGGUAUAGUGACCUCUGACAUGCACACAUCCUCCUGUCCUCCAGUUUGCUGUAGCCAUGGUAACCAAGGGGUUAGCAUGGAGUUUUUGAUAGCAAUCACCACACACCUGUACUUCUGUCUUCAGUGACUUCAGUUAGUGUGCUGCUAAACAAAAAAAAAAGCACAAACCUGGCUUCAAAGUGAUCUGUGUGUGAGAUCCGUAACAAUCUUGGUGCUAGAGCACAUCUGUGGAGCUGCUGCCCUGAAAGUAAUCCUGAGAUGAUCGUAGAGGAAGCUUCAUUUCUGCCUUGAGCGUAGGGGAAGACUUUCUCAGCAGGGAUGGACUGAGAUUUUAGCUGUCAAACAGUCAUAAAACCAUCCUCGCUUCACAGACACCGCCAUCACCAUGGCAAUACUUUGAGCCUGUUCACGGGGGCCAAUUGCAGUAUUACACAUAUGGGAGAGGAGGAGCGGAGGCUGUGUGCAGAAGGAGGGGAUGAGGGAAGGAUUUCAAUAUACCGUGUACAGUGAAUGUAUUGUUCCGUGCAUCUGUUGUCAAGUGCUUUUAAAUUAUAUUUUCGUAUGUAACGUGGAGACCAAUGUUUCCUUUUUGUAUGGGGGGACAACAGGUUCUGAGCAGAGUGACUUGUAAAUGAUGUCAAACUGUCUUUCUAUAUAAAAAAGAAGCUGCUUAAAUGUAAACAAUAAAUGACAAAAAAAACAGCAAAAUAAAGUAAAGAGCUCUGUAGCUCAGACUGAU